CAGAGGAAAUGGUGGUUUUAGCUGCUCUGAGUCAAACAUUCAAAGUGCUUGAUGUCACAUCACCAACAGGUACGAUGGCACAAACAUCUCUGCAAUGGCUGAUCUUUCUGACCUCACUGCUGAGCAGCACAACAAACCAAGCCUCUCUGACUGUGAGUCCCAGCAGCUCUCAGAUGUUUCAAGGACAGUUUGUGUCUCUGAGCUGUGAGGAGGACGACAGCUCUGCUGGAUGGACUCUGAGGAGGAACACAACCAGAGAAACCAGGACUCAGUGUGGAGAUGGCUGGGGAAGACCUGCUGGUUCUAUCUGUAACAUCAGCCACAUUGUGUCACGACACAGUGGAGUUUACUGGUGUGAGUCCAGAGAGGGAGCAACCAGUAACAGCAUCAACAUCACUGUCACUGGUGGACCAGUGAUCCUGCAGAGUCCUGUCCUCCCUGUGACGGAGGGAGAAGACCUCACUCUGCACUGUAAAACAAAGACGUCCUCCAACCUCCCAGCUGAUUUCUAUAAAGAUGGCUCCUUCAUCAGGACUGAGCCUGCAGGUCACAUGACCAUCCACCAUGUUUCCAGGUCUGAUGAAGGCCUCUACAAGUGCAACAUCAGCAGUGUUGGAGAGUCUCCACCCAGCUGGGUCUCUGUCACAGUUCUGACCUCACUGCUGAGCAGCACAACAAACCAAGCCUCUCUGACUGUGAGUCCCAGCAGCUCUCAGAUGUUUGAAGGACAGUCUGUCUCUCUGAGCUGUGAGGAGGACGACAGCUCUGCUGGAUGGACUCUGAGGAGGAACACAACCAGAGAAACCAGGACUCAGUGUGGAGAUGGCUGGGGAAGACCUGCUGGUUCUUCCUGUAACAUCAGAUACAUGGUCCCAGGGGACAGUGGAGUUUACUGGUGUGAGUCCAGAGAGGGAGCAACCAGUAACAGCAUGAACAUCAUUGUCACUGAGAAACCUACGACCACAAGCCCUCCUACGAGCUCUCUGCCGCCUCUCCUCCUCGUUGCUAUCAGACUGGUCAUCCACCUGGUGGUGUUCUAUCCGUACUUCACCUCCACUUUGAUCAUGGUGUCUUUAUAUCGACGCAGGGCCACAGGAAUUGGCCUACCUGUUGCCAUGGUGAUGACCUCGCCCACCCAGGCUGAGGAGGGAUUGGAUGAUGAAUAUGAUGAUGUCAUCACCGCUGUCACCAGAGAGCAUCACUUCUGAACUGAUCUGAAGAGAAGCUGAAAUCUCCGUAGAUCAGAAACAGUUCCCCCGGCCGUCUUGAUAUAAUUAUGAUUUAAACAUAUUCAAUAUGAAAUCAUUGCUUUAAGUUUGAAUUGCUCCUUUACUGCCAGCCACAGCUAUCUCUGUAAUCCUGAAUAUUUUAUAUUAUAACAAUAAAGCUUCUUUUCCGUAGUUUUU